AUGUCGACCACAACAACGGAUAGUUCCAUUACCAUCUCUGCCCUUCAGACACUGGCCGAAUAUGACAUCCACCACACCGGCGAAGAAGUAGUCACAAGUGGCAUAACAUCACCAAAUACUUCAAAUGUACCAACAAUUGUCGAAAAUCCCCCCUCCUGGCCCCAAAAUCAACAUCGAGUACCCAAUCAUCGACCGAUAAAUCGACAUCUUAAUUUCUCAGAGCGACCGAAUGGAAGUAAUGGUGCAGAGAGGGUUUUUAUCACCGUCAUGUUCACUGGAGUUGCUUUGAAUGCUGUGAGUCGACUUCUCAGAGGAUUGUGA